UAUAAAUGAUAUCAGUUUUCUUUCCUCUCGUAUUUUUCCACACCACAGGCCACUUAAUUCCAUAAAACGUCACUUUCAUGUAGAAACUUUGAAAGGUCAAAGACCAAGACAGCUAAGGUCUCUCCAGAAUAUAUAUAUAUAUAUAUAUUUAUAUAUAAAGAAGCCUCCGACCUUACGUUUAGUUACAUGUUUAUCUUGAAUUAAUAUCCUAUAAUCUAUAUAUCAAUCUCACCAUGCCUGCAAUAUCAUCAGCAUCAAUGGAUCAUGUUACAAUAAUUAUUUUUCUUGUGCUUUUUGCAGUAGUAACUAUGAUGGUCAAUGUUUGCCUUGGAAAUGGAGAAUCCAUCGUGCUCUGCUCUGAAAUUGAAAAGCAAGCUCUUUUGAGUAUCAAGCGGGAUCUUGUUGAUCAUGAUAACAAAUUGGUGUCUUGGAAUGUUUCUGAAGAAGAAGAUUGCUGCAAGUGGGCUGGAAUUUCCUGCAACACGCAAACUGGUCAUGUCUAUGAGCUCUCCCUCAAGGAUAGAUCACUUACAGAUGGGGAUCGCCAAUAACAAAGUUGGGUUUGCCAACUGAGAGUGGGCUCGCCAAUGGUCACGUUGGCCCUCGUUGAUUGGCAAGCAAGUCCCCUCGAGGUUGGCGGUGUUGAACGACUAGAUCUUUUGGUUUUCACCCAUUGGCGAGCGAGUCCCCUCUGAAAUAUGUCGACCAAUUUCCCUUGCAAGUGAUAAAAUGCGGGACAGGGCUUCGACAUUUUUGUCAAGUCAUUAUAUCAUCACUGCUUAUUAAUAUAUGUAAGUAAAUAAAGACAUAAUAUUAUAAGGGAUAUUUGCGACAAUAAUGUCUAUGUACUUAAGUUUGUUGCACUUAAAUGCUUAUGUAAAAAUUUUGGCGGCAAUAAUGUCUACCGUUAAUGUUUUGGUGCAGCCGUUGGUCCCUGAGUCGUUAGGGGUAUACAGGGUAAACGUGGCACAACCCGAUUGGGUUAAAUUAUUAAAAUUUAAAACAAAAACAAUUAAUAUUUAUGUUUUCUAAUCUAAAACAAAAAAAAAAACUAAGACUUUAAAAAUAUAAAAAAAAAAUUGAUUGUCUUAAUAACAAAUUCUAAAACUAAUCUAAAACAAAAAAAUCUAAAAAUCCCAAACCCAGAAAAGACGAUCGAACACCACCUCGACGCUUUCCCCCUGACCUCA